GGAUGGAACCCCAGAAGGACACGCAGCCACCAAGUACAUGUAUGUAUGUAUGUAUGCAUGUAUGCACACCACCCGCUCCUUCCCACUUUGACUCGCUCAGCCCAGCCACCCUCCAUCUCACCUGUCCGUGUGAUUGCAGUGCGGGAGAGGCUUGUCAUCCCCACGCCUUCGUUUGUGCACGCAAGCCAGCAAGCAUGUCACUGCAGCCUCAUCGCGCAGCAGCCAGUGCAGUGCGCAAAAGCCGCCGUUGGCCCGCACUCGCAGCCCACUAGGCCCAGAGCCACAGGCAAAUUGAUCGUCCUUCUCUCUUUUUUGUGCAUUCACACCCGCUCACAUCCAAUCUUCCAUGAGAUCGACGCUCGCCCCGGCAAGCGCUCCAUAUGAAUGAUGCUCUCGUGUAAGAAACACUCCACGGUAUGGGGACAAGGCGAAAGCGGUCGCCAUCGCAAACUCUGCCGGAAUAUAUACGGAAUACUCAGAGAGACAUCGGCGAAGGGUAGGGCUGUCCAGCUCCAGAUGCAUUGCUUCAUUCCCGCUGGUCGCGGUGGAGGAGCAGGGUCAAGCACAGCUUGGGUAUUCGCAUUGCGAAUUCCGCUGGUAGUGGGCCGCUGUAUUUGUA